AUGAGCAACAAAAAAUGCAACAAACAUCCAUCUGAAAAUUCCUGUCACAUCAAAUGGACUUUCAGAUCGCCUCGGACAGAUCUUGACCGUCAAUGUGAAGAAAUACUGCCUGGUUACCGUGCGACAUACAACUCAGUGGCCGGUAACAAGAAUACGGCUUGUCUGGAUCUGAGUGAAUUUGACAUCGCUUAUGAAUUUGCGCGGAGGCACUGGCCCGGACGAUUGGUAGAUCGCCUUAUUGAUAUUGAGCCCUGGUUUUUCGUCUUCUACAAAUCCUACCAAAUCAAAACAGAUGCCAGAGUCUGGAGAAGACUUUACCCACGCUUGCGCGCCAACAUCGGAAGAAUUAGCGCUGCCAGCAGCCAAUUUCUUUUGACCAUGCUCGACUGGAUCGUGUCAUCGAGCCAAUUGAGCAAAGGACAUGGCCUGAGAGCUGUCCUGAAUCUAGCUCUCCUGCACAAGGAGGUCAAAACACAGGCUUUCGAGCACAAUGUGUCGGGUACUCUAGGAUCACACUUCAUGCAAGCUUUAAGGAGUCGCAUAUCCUUCUUGUACGCACGUUGCUUCAGCGAUAGGCAUGAUGAUCCUAUCCAGGAAUUGCUGGGUGCAGUGGUAUUUAGUGCUACUCGGUCUGCACCGGCCGUCCCUGUCCGUUAUUCCAACGAGAAGCUAGUUCAAGUUCUGUACCGACCUGCCGAACUGGAUUGCGUAUUUGACUGGGACGAUUCAUGGGAUCAUCCAACCGUCCCAACGCGUUUCGACGUUCAGCGAAGCUUGGCAACUAGAAACACCACCGAGUUUGUACGUUUAUUUACGAGCAUUAUUCGUGGCCGGUUCCUCGAGUGCUGUGGGUAUAGUGCCGGCUCAUUCAUUGACGAGAUACUCAGGGGAAUGAUCAUCUUCGCAGUGGGAAAAGAUCAUAUUCAACUCACAACCAACUAUCACAAUAUGAUCAAGCUUCCCUUCGGUGGCUCAGUGUCCAUUGCAGCCCAGCACUCGGAAGUUUUAUGUCUGUGGCAUGACAUUUUCGAGUUUCUCCAGUAUUCUGGUGUGCCCUUCAUCGGCCAGUUCUGGACAUUUUGGGAAUCUUCGUCACCACCAAAGGAGCACCUUCUUGAUGGUUCGAGAGUCCUGCGAAAGCUCAUCCUGCAUAUCAUUUUCGCCAGUUCUCUCGAAGUACUGUCUUUGUUCGUCGCAGCUGAAAGAGAACACAUAACCGAUGGUCAUAUAAAGAAUCAAGAAGUCUUUGCCACAUGGUUUGGUGGAGGUGCCGAUGAAACAAACUUGAAGCUUUAUCGCCAGUUAUUUGCUGCCCAAUUGCUCGUCCUCUACUGUCUGAAAAGCGCCCACGAUGGAGAAGAAAACGGUAGAUUCGAGUGGGAUUUGGACGAUUACGAGUAUGCCACGUUUUAUAGCGGCAACGAUGCUGGGGUAAGAAUUUGCUUGCCCUUGCCGUAG